UAUAUGUGACGCAACUCGUGAAAAUAUCUCCUUCUCCCCCCGUCACUCGAUUAGCAAGUCGUACCAACUGGUUGUACCGUGUGAACAGCCCAGGCGAUAUGUCAACGCAACUUUUAUCGAGUGGUAUGACUAUAGCAAAGCGUUCCCAUUCAUUACUCGCGCUCAGCGUUACUGUUGUGGCUGAGCUGUUUAUGCAUUGAUUCGAAGAUCGGCCUUGCAAUCCUUUCGAAGCCAAAGUCUCCAUAGUCCAGUCUGUCACGGGAACGAAUUGAACACCAUAACACCCACAAGUUAAUAAUGGAAGUACAAAGCCAACCACAGAAUCCUGGCUCUGUUACCGAAACAUGUGAAGUCAGGGACUGUGAGAGAGAAUUGCUGGAAACAGGUGAUGUCAAGAGAGAACUUGUCACCAACACACUGGAAACAGUUGAUGUCAAGGAAAAGUCUGACACUGACACGCUGGAAACUUGUCAUGUCAAGAAACACUGUGGAAUCAAACCUUAUCAGUGUGUUGUGUGUGGGAACGAAUUUACAAAGUCAGGUAACCUGCAGACACACAUGAGGAUUCACAGUGGAAUCAAGCCUUAUCAGUGUGUUGUAUGUGGGAAAGAAUUUACAGAGUCAGAUAACCUGCAAAUACAUAUGAGGGUACACACUGGAAUCAAACCUUAUGAGUGUGUUGAAUGUGGGAAAGCAUUUACACAAUCAGGUCACCUGCAGACACACAUGAGGAGUCACAGUGGAAUCAGGCCUUAUGAGUGUGUUGAAUGUGGGAAAAAAUUUACAGUCUCAGGUACACUGCAGAGACACAUGAGGAGACACAGUGGAGUUAAGCCUUUCAAGUGUGUUGAAUGUGGGAAAGCAUUUUCUCAAUCAGGUACCCUGCAGAAACACAUGAGGAUUCACAGUAAAAUCUGUCCUUACAAGUGUGUUCAAUGUGGGAAAGCAUUUACACAAUCAGGUAGCUUGCAGAUACACAUGAGGAUUCACAGUGGAAUCAAGCCUUUUAAGUGUGUUGAAUGUGGAAAAGCAUUUACACAAUCAGGUACCCUGCAGAAACACAUGAGUAUUCACAGUGAAAACAAGCCUUUUACGUGUGUUGAAUGUGGGGAAAAGUUUACAGUGUCAAGAAACCUACAGAAACACAUGAGGUUUCACAGUGGAAUCAAGCCUCAUGAGUGUGUUGAAUGUGGGGAAAAAUUUACAGGGUCAAGAAACCUGCAGAAACACAUGAGUGUUCACAGUGGCAUAAAGCCUUUUCAGUGUGUUGUAUGUGGGAAAGGAUUAACAGAGUCGGGUAACCUGAAGAUACACAUGAGGAUUCACACUGGAAUCAAACCUUACAAGUGUGUUGAAUGUGGGAAAGAAUUUACAGAGUCCGGUAAUCUGUUGAAACACAUGAGGAGGAUUCACAGUGGAGUCAAGCCUUACCAGUGUGUUGAAUGUGGGAAAGCAUUUACACAAGCAGGUCACCUUAGGACACACAUGAGGAGUCACAGUGGAAUCAAGCCUUAUGAGUGUGUUGAAUGUGGAAAAACAUUUACUCAAUCAAGUUCCCUCCAGAAACACAUGAGGAUUCACAGUGGAGUUAAGCCUUAUAAGUGUGUUGAAUGUGGGAAAGCAUUUACACAGUCAAGUAACCUGAAGUCACACAUGAGGACUCACAGUGGAAUUAAUUGUGAACACCAUAACAUCCACAAGUUAAUAAUGGAAGAACAAAGCCUACAACAAAAUAAUGUCUCUGUUACUGAAACAUGUGUAAUCACAGACUGUGAGAAAGAAUUGCUGGGAACAGGUGAUAUCAAGACUGAACCUGUCAUCGCCAUACUGGAAACAAGUGCUGUUCCUGAGACGCUGGAUACAGGUGAUCUCAAGAAACACGGUGGAAUCAAGCCUUAUCAGUGUGGCGAAUGUGGCAAAGGAUUUUCAGAGUCAUAUAAAUUGCAGACACACAUGAUGAUUCACAGUGGAAUCAAGCCUUAUCAGUGUGCUGAAUGUGUCAAAGCGUUUACAGCGUCAUAUAAAUUGCAGAAUCACAUGAGGAGUCACAGUGGAAUCAAGCCUUAUCAGUGUACUGAAUGUGGGAAAGCAUUUACAGAGUCAUAUAGAUUGCAGAAACACAGAAGGAUUCAUGCUGGGAUCAAGCCUUAUCAGUGUGGCGAAUGUGGGAAUGAAUUUACACAAUCAUGUGACCUGCAGACACACAGGAGGACUCACAGUAGGAUCAAACCAUAUCAGUGUGUUGACUGUGGGAAAGGAUUUACAAGUUCAGCUUGUCAGCAGAGACACAUGAGGAUUCACAGUGGAAUCAAGCCUUACUGCUGUGGCGAAUGUGGUAAAGGAUUUAAAUACCCAAGUAUACUGCAGAAACACACAAGGAUUCACAUUGUAAUCCAACCUUAUGAGUGUGCUGAAUGUGGGAAGGUAUUUACACACUCGGGGAGGCUGAAGUCACACAUGAGGAUGCACAGUAACAUCAAGCCUUAUCAGUGUGGUGAAUGUGAGGAAACAUUUACAAAGUCAGGUUGCCUGCAUAAACACAUGAUGAUUCACAGUGGAAUCAAGCCUUAUCAGUGUGUUGAAUGUGGGAAAGGAUUUACACAAUCAGGUAGCCUGAAGUCCCACAUUAAAAUUCACAGUGGAAUCAAGCCUUAUCAGUGUGUUAAAUGUGGAAAAGUAUUUAGACAUUCAAGUAACCUGCAGACACACAUGAAGAUUCACAGUGGAAUCAAGCCUUAUCAGUGUGAUGAAUGUGGGAAAGCCUUUUAUACAGAAAGAUAGCCUACAGAGACACAUGCGGAUUCACAGUGGAAUCAAGCCUUAUGAAUGUGUUGAAUGUGGGAAAGCAUUUACAGACUCAGGUGGCCUGACGAAACACAUGAGGACUCACAGUGAAAUCAAGCCUUAUCAAUGU